UGGUUUUCCGGAAGGAACUACUACAAAUGGAAAAUAUUUGAUUUCUUUUAAAAAGGGUGCCUUCGAAACAUUCGCUCCUAUUAAAAUUUUCUGUUUAUAAUACCCUGUAAGACGUUUUAAUGUCUCUUUAGAUUCAUUAGGGCAAGGAGCAUGUUUUUUACUUACUUUUGCUCAAUUCUAUAAUCAAAUUAAUGUCAUUGAAUUUGAAAAUUAUUACCCAGAUCAUUUAGAAUUAGACCCUAAGUCAGAAUGUGAUUGGUAAGUUUAUGCCUCCGCUAUUAAAUAAAUUAUGAUAAAGGCAACUGGAUUUAAGAAUUCAGAAAGUGGAUAUAGGGAUAUGAGUUUUUAUUAUAAUUUUAUAAAAAGUAACAAAACUAAUAGAAAAAAUGAGACAAUUGAAAAAGAUGAGACGAAUGGAAAAAAUGAAACUAACUAAAAUAAAAUAGAUGAAAAGUAGAAAAAUGAAUGAGUAGAAAUUUUAUUUUAUUUUAUCUUAUAUUUUUUUUUUUAAGUGUAUAUUUGAAAUAAGUAUACAUUUAA